AUGGGUGACAUUGAGGGUACUUGCAGAGCCGAUGAACUAGCGAAACUUGGCACCAAACUGACCGAUGAGUACGUAGGCAAUGACAUACGCAUACCCUUACAAACAUCGAGGAUCCAAGCAGUGCAAGUAUCAGCUGAGAAGGCCUGUGUGGCAUUCAAUACACCAAGAACCGUAGUCAUGCGUGUAAACGCACAAAAUACGCAAAAAUUCCCAAUUGAUGUUAAUGAACUGGGGGGACUACAAUAUUUCUGCAACUUGGGCAACGUUAUACCGGUGACUGGCGGUUCGAGCGAGAAUAUCAAAAGCAGAAAGCUGCUACUCGCUGUGGCAACAGCAACAUUAUUGUCAAUUGUCUGCAAUGCUGCAGCAGCACAAACUUCCUCAACGGCCGGCGGGCGCGAGCAGGCAGCGGAAAUCCAUUCCACCCGUCAUAUGGGACAACAACGGUCAGCACGCAGCAAUCAUAACGGCAUUGAUACUCCCACUGUAGCCGACUCAGCUGCAGCAGCAGCAACGGUAGCAGAAUAUCCAGUUGGAAAAAAUCGUAGAAGUUACGACGGAUUCAGCUCCAGUGGCGGCGUCAGCGGUGGUGGUGGUGGUGGUGGUGAUAUGGGUGGCUGGCUCAGUGCUUAUAAUGGCGGCAAUAAUGGCGGCGGUGGCAGCAGUAGUUACAACUAUGGGGCAGCAAAGCUUAAUGGUAUCACAAAUCUCUCGGGUUUGCAGCACAUUAGUGGCAGUUUUGGCGGCAGUGCUGGUGGUCCGUACGCAGCAGCUUUGGUACAACAACCACCAAAACCAAUUUACGAACAACAGCAAGAAAACGAUUAUGGCGCAUCGGGCGCAGCAGGACAUACUUAUGGGCAAAACAAUCAAUACGGCAGCAGCGGCAGCGGCAACGGCUGGAGCAUUAGUACUGCUGGCGCGCACAAUGGUUUCCAGCCCGUGUUUGGUGGCAAAUACUCAGCGGCAGCCGCUUCUACAGCAUACGCAGCAACAUCUCAGUAUCAGCAGCAGCAGCAGUCAAAUGAUAAAAUUUUCGAUGAGUCUCUAAAUAUGUACGCCGGCUCGGAUGGGGGCGGUACAUCUGCAUCGGGUGGUGAUGCGGAGGUUUCAUUUUCACAGCAUCAUGGCGGUGAUGGUGGUGGAGAAGCUGAUGCAGGCUCGUCGGGGUCUUCAUAUGAUGAUUCCGCUAAUUAUGCAUCCGAGCACUCCGGACACUCGGAAGGUGGGCAUUCCCCGUCACAUGUCAUCAACUACAUUCCUUAUCCGGUGGUGAAGAAAGUGCACGUUCCCGUGCGUGAACCCGUUCAUAUUCCAAUUUCGCAUGCGGUUAUCGUACCCGUCAACAAGCCGGUGCCUAUUCAUGUUCCUGUCACAAAAACCGUAGCUGUGCCUGUUCAAAAAGAGCUCCGAGUGCCCGUAGAACGUGUGGUUCCAUAUCCGGUUGAGAAGCCUGUGCCAGUGCCCGUGGAGAAACGUGUACCAUUUGAGGUGAUUAAAUAUGUGCCGGUCAAGGUGCCUCAUCCGUUCCCUGUCAAGGUGCCUGUCUUCAAGACCAUAUUGCACAAGGUGAAGAAAGGCGGCUCGUGGUAAGGUCAUAGAAGAAUACUCGGUGGCCAGUUUUGCUUAACAGAGGUCGGAAUUAUUUGAAGGAGUAUACAGUAAGAGUUACGCAUACAUAUGUACAUAUCCAUACGAGUAUACAAUAAUUCAUAGACUGUUGUUGUAUCCCUUUA